GUGUCUCUCGUGUGUCCCCAGCUGGUAGCAGGAGCUGGAGCCUGUGGGUGGCUCAGCCAGGGAAGGAGCAGCACGUGGAAGCUCAGUGCUGGGAUCCCUCUCACACCUCUGCUUUGGGACCAGCUGCUCUUGGAAGGCUGCAGAUCAUCUCCAAAGGGCUUUUGCACAGCUCCAGGUGGGGAUUCCAGUCCAUGCAUGGCUGAGCCUUCAAAAGAUACAGAGACCAAGUAAGCAGAGCUGUAGCAGAGCUGAAGGAUGGAGAGCAGCUUUGCCUGUGGAGAACUGGAUCCUCUGACUGCUGUGGCCUUGGCUUGGAAGAGUCUCCAGGAAGCCAAAGCAGUGCUACAAAGGAUUGAAAACAAAUUUUAUCAUCAAACGUGGAGCUGUGCCAAAUCCCAGGCAGCCAGAAGAAAGCUUUGGCACGAAAAGAGCUUUGAUGGCGAGAGGAGCAAAGAUGAAACAGCUUUGAGUGAGAAAAAGAGCAAUGAGAUUGCUCCAGCCCACAGAGAGGGGAGCUCUGCUGUUCUCUCCCCUGCUCACUCACAGACCUGUUUGCCUGAGAGCCCACCCAGGAUGUCCCCUCUGUCCCCCAGGGCAGCCUCAGGACGCUGCACCCCUGCCAGGAAUUUGGCUGUGGAUGGAAAAGGCUCAGCUGGGACAUGGGCACCUGCAAAGAGCCUGGACAGCCCAAGAAGGGACAAUUUCAGGGAGCUGGGAUAUUCAAGAGGAUUCCCAGCAGAGAAGGAAAAAUCUCCCUGCUCCCUGCAUCACCCACCUCUCUCCCCUGCAAGGAGCAGCUCCUUCUCUGUCCUGUGUGGCAGCAACACUCCCAUGCCCACGGCUCUCCUGCUUCCCAAAUUCCUCCUUUCAGCAGCCAGCAAGGCCAGAGAUCAGAAGCUGGAAGAGCUGUGGAGAAAAUCACCCCAAAAUAAGUUAGAGCAGCUCAAGAAGAGGAUCCAGGAGCAGAAGAGGAAGCAGCAAGCAGCAGCCAGGGAGCAGGAGCGCCUGAUUUUUGCUAAAGACCCCCUGCCAAAGAGAGCCCUGAAAAGAAAGGUCUGCAGAGUGGCCUCUGCUCCUCCUGCUCCAGCUCUCAGAGACCAAAAAGAGAGGAGCUCAGCAUGGAGAAUUCAAACACAACACCAGAGGCAGCUUUCAUCCAAGUCCUGUGCUCUGGAGAGAGCAGUGGCAGGGAAAGGUAUGAAUCUACCUGGUGUUUCUGCAUGGAGAGAAGGUCAGAGGUUGGCCAGAAGGCUGCUGGGUCCACCCCCUUCACUUCCACAUUUGAGGAGCAGAACUGGAGAGCAGAGCACAUCAAAAACCUUUGAACCUUUGGAAGGAGCUCGAGGAUUUGAGGCAAUGCCAGUGAUGGAAAACAGCUCCAGAGUGAAGGGAAAUGAAUCUGUGGGGAAGAGCCCUGGAGCACAAAGAGCUGAGGUUGCACCCAGCAAGGCUGAAAGGGGCAGCAAUGCACCCACAGAGGAUACAAACCAAGCACUCAGGAACCUUCUCCUGCAAAGCCAGCCCUGUGAGGAACACAGACACAUCAGGCUCCCCAGAGAUGCUGUGAAACACCAACCCCAAGGGAUCCAUUCUCCUUCACCUGGACUUUCAUUAACUAAAGACAAAGCCAAGCCCAGCACCUCAGGAAACUGCAGCAGAGGAAAAAGUACAUCUGCUCAGGGACAGAAAGGGUCUGAGAAAGAAAAUCUUAAGCAACCUUCAAAGAGGAGGGUAAAUCUUAAAAAACCUCACCCCUACAGCCCUGAAAGCGUUCGGGAAUUUAUGUAUCGAAAAAAGGCAGAAAGAAAGAAAAAACUCCUCGAAGAGAAAAAAUCUUUGGCUCAGGCUGUGGAGAUGAGGAAGGAGAGGUUGCAAGAAGUGUACAGGAAACAAAAAGAAGCUGUUGGGAAGAAAUCAUGUCCUGAUGAGAUGCAUAAACCCAUUGGGAAAACGGGUUCUGCCAAAGGAAAUCCUCAGUGUGAAUUUGAGCAGGAGCAAACCAGUGAGGGAGUGCUGGAAAGGAGUUUCAUGGCCUGGGUGGAUGAAACAUCCUCUCCUCCAUCACCUGAAGAUCACACAAGCAGGAAUCAACUCCUAGAAACAGCUCAACCACCUAAAAAAGGAGAGGCAUCAGGUCCCCCAGCACCACUGGAAUCCAAAUGCUGGUUUCCCUGUCCCCUGAAAUGUGAAGACCUGAGGGACUGCUCUCCCCCAGCUCUGCACUCACUUCCUCUGAGCUUUGCUGUUCCUCAGAAAGAUGCAAAACCUUCCUCCAAGGACUCAUCUUUUGGGCUUUCUCCACACAGAAGCAAACAGGAUCGAGUGAGAGCCAUUCACAGUCUGUCCAGGGAACUUGAAGAAAAGAUUGACGUGGCAAGGAAGAGGCUGAGUGCAGCCAGCUGGGUUAAAGCCUGUGCUGACAAACAAACCACAGAGACAGCUCUGGACCUUUACAGUGAUCCUCCUUCUGUCCCAGAACCUGAGACUUCCAGGGAUGGGCAGGAGAGAACAGUGACUGCACAAAUGCUUCUGGACACCACAGCUCCUGAUGUGCUUCGUGUGACAUCCCAUAGGGAACGCCAUGGACUGGGCAGGACUGGCCUGGGGGGCAGCACUGAGGGAGCAGCAGCCCUGGGCAGACAGAGGGAAAUGCCAACUCCUUUGCCUGGUGGGAAUGCUGAGAGGGAAGGAUUGCCCUGGAUCACUCAUAGUGCAGGACAGAGUCACCUCAGCUCUGCAGGAGACCUGAGCAGCACUGUGCAAGGUUUCCCUGUGAAUAAGGGCUCCAAGGUGGACAUAAGUCUAUGGCAUGAAAAGCCAAUAACCAGCCCAGCCUCUCCAGCUCACAGAUUCCUCACUAGAAGCCCACAGGGAGAACUCACAGCACGGAGGGAUCAAUGUGGAUGUGAGACUGUUUUGAAAGGUCAGAACCAAGAGGAAAUGGCCAACCCAUCUCCUGGAGAGAGCCUGAGGAUCUGGGACAGCCUGAGCUUCCAGCCCUCUGCCACUCUGAGCACUGACAGCUUUGAGCAUGACUUGGGUGAAGGAGAUUUUGGCAGCACAGAGCUGGAAGACAAACACAGGAGCCACAUGGACAUUUUGAGGCAAACCUCCCUACUACUGGCUCACAGACUGAAGCUCCAGCAGGAACAGCAGAAACAGCAGCUUGUGGUGCUGAGGGAGAAAGCAAAGCAAGAGGUUGAGGAAAGCCACAGGUUUUUGAGGGACCUGCUGCAGCUGGGUGCAGAGGACAGCAGGAAUUCCAGAGGCAGUGAUCCUGCUGUGACAAGACUGUACCACACAGAGCAGACACAGAGAGGACACUGGUUGGAAGGUGACUUUGCUGCUGGCAGUAAUCAAGAGAUGGGUUCACUGAGACACUCUGCAAUGAAGAUAGAAAGAGAUCUCAGUCCAGUGGGCCCUAAAAUACUGGGAGAAAGAAAAACUCUAGGAGGAGGAAGAGGUUCAUAUUGCUCAGUGCUUCAAGGAGAUCACAGGCAGUCACUGCACAGCCAUCACACCUUGAAUCUGCUGUCACCUUGGGCAAAUCUGCCCCACGGGGAGACCUGGGACAACUCUGGAGAGAGCAGUGACCAGGCCAGCUCCGACAGCCAGUGCAGCGCAGCCAUUCCGCCCUUCGGAGGCCCCAGCACCGUCCGUGGUUCCAGCCUGGCCGUGGUGGAGCAGUGGCUGAGGGGAGAGGAGCUGCGGGCUGGGCAGCAGGCGGUGCUGCUGCAGCUCCGGAGGAAGGCUCUGAGGGAGAGGGCCAGGGCCCAGCUGGCCUGGCUGGGCCACCGGAGACGCGUUCUGGAAAACCUGCAGGAUAGCACUGGAGCCUCUGCCAUGGCAGCAAAGCAGCACAAAAUCCUGAUGGAGCUGAAACAGGAGCAGGCAGAAAUCCAGCACCUGCAAAACAUCCACAGGGCAGCUCAUCAAGAAAGGAAGCUUUUAUUAAAGCAGCAGAGAGAAAUCUUAAUGAUGCAGCAUUCAACAGCACAACUCCAGGAAAAGCUGCACAGUUUGGCUGGGAAGCAGGAGAUUAUUAAGUCAGGGAGUAAAGACAGUUGUGUCCAGCUAAAGCACAAAAAGAGCAAUAAAUAUGAGGGCUUUCCUACUGAGAACAAGGAAUCACUGGUACAAUACCAGAAACAGGUGGAGCAGUUCCCAGGUUUGGAGCAGUCCCUUAAUGCUCAGGAUGUUUUCUUACCUUUGGAACCUACAAAUUCAGCUGGAAUGGAACCUAUAGCCACACUCAUUACAAGAAAAGGCCAGAAGUGUGUAUUUCUGGAAUCUGUGCUGGAGGAAAAGGCACUUCCUUCAGACUAUGAUCCUGAAGAUAAUGAAGUUAAAGAAGUGGAAGUGCCUGUCCCUUCUGAGAUCCACAAGGUGGAUGUCAGUCAAUGUUUGAAGCAUUUGGACCCUGUUUCUCUUGAAGCUUCUGAUGAACUACAUUUAAAAGUGUUUUCUGAAGGAUUACCUUCCACGGAAUCAUCGUCCAAGUCAAACAACUUCUUUUUGAAAUGUGAAAGUUCCAAAUCAGACUCUUCUCACUCAGAAUUCCAGAAAGUGUCUGCAGUUUGGAUCAACAUCUCGAAAAGUUCCCUUUCAGACCCAGAAUUAGAGCUGAAACAUGGAGAGGACACAGAUGUCAGUGUCCCAGAAGAGUUUGUCUGUGACAGCAGUGAUGCGUUUGCUAAUCUCUCAAAAGAGAUGCCAGUAACAAUAAGCAAUGGAAAGGAAACAUCACCUAGUAACAAACACAAUGAACGUCAGCUGCCUGAAGAUGACAGAGCUGAGACGUCAUCCCUCUCCCAGGAACACCCCAGAGAUGCCUUGGUUCCUGGCUGCACUGAUCACCUGCUUUCUUUCCUUCCAGCAGACAAAGCAAAUGGCUCCAGAAUGGAGUCAGCACAUUCCUGUCAGUCUGAAGACCCUUCUGAGGGAGCGGAUGAGCCACACCUGGGUGCCUCACAAAGCUGCAGCAGGAACAAACCCUGUUCUCAGGAUAUCCCAACGCUGGGGAAUGAUGCAGCUGCCAGCCCUUCAUGCACUGAUGCAGCCUCCAGUAGGGAUAUGGGUCUCCCUCCAACUGAUGAGGAUGCCUUGUCAGAAAUGCUGUGUCCUGUGGAUGAAGGAUUGUCCUCUGGAAGUGCUGACUUGCCAUCCCCUAACAAAAAGGAUUUGUCACUUCCAAGUGAAGAUCUUCCUCCUCCCCCUUUAGGUGCAGAUGCAAUGAAAAAUGGUGAUCCUGCCUCCAGCACGGAUGAUUUCCCAUCUCCACCAGAACAAAUGACAGGCUCAGAGUCUGGUCAGGGCAUGGAUGAAGAUAUAUCACUGGAAAUGGAUGCAUUACCCCCAUUACCUGAUAACACCAUGCCUGAAGAAUUUCCCCUGCUCAGUACAGAGACAAGUGGUGCUUUUUCAACUCAGCUUGGUUGUCUCUCAGAACAACGUACAUUUAGAGCUCUUUCAAGCUGUUUAUCAGAAAACCAGCAUGGAGAACAGGAGAUGCCUUUGCAGCAUUUGCAAUUUCUGCCUGUGUCAAAUACAAAUUCUUCUGGUGGAAGUCAAAGUCCUGAAUGCCCAAUGAAACAAUGCAAAGUGGAUGAAAAGCUGCCCAGCGCUGAGGAGGACAGUGAUGACCCAUUAUCACCAUUUGAGAUUGGGGACAGAGUGUUGGUAAGGCAGAGCCAGCCUGGAACUCUGAUGUUCAAAGACCAGACUCAUUUUGGCACUGGCCAUUGGGCUGGUGUUGCACUGGACGAAGCUGACAAUGCUGGAACUUAUGAAGGGGUGAAGUAUUUUGAGUGUGCUCAGAACUGUGGGGUCUUUGUCAGACCUGUUGAGAUUUCACACCUGUUGGGGGUUAACAACUAUAGUUCCAGUUACAUGGGGGAUGAAGACUCUGACUCCUUCCAUGAUGAUGACGAUGACACCCUCAAAGGAGGCUGUAAAUAUUCUGAAGAUGGUGAGCGGAGGGUGGGGUUUGCAGAGGAGGAAGCAGAAGACACAAACAGUGCAGGAGGUUCAGAAGUGAAAGAAAACCAGUCUGGGUUACACAGUGCCCUGCUGUCUGCAAAAGGGCAAAAGUUUCCCCAUUCCAGCCAGUGUAACUGUAAUGAAUUCCUCUUUCAAAAGAACUUAAUGUGCUUGGGAUCAGACAAAGAAAAAACAGAAUUGACACAAAUAAAACAAACUAUGUUUGCAGAUGCUCUUCCAAAGAAAAGCAAGACAAAUGAGGUAAACACAAGCAAAAAUAUUUGUUGCUUGGUAGAGGAUCAGAAAAGAAUUAAACUUGCUGAUGAUAUUGCAAGUGAAGUCAGUAAAAAACUUCUGUUUGACAUUUUAAUGGGAUUUUCUGAAACAGAUCAACACAAAUAUAAAAGUGCCUUUGAAAAAGACAUGAUGAAUUAUGGCAAAGGCCUGAGGCAAGAAGACAAUCAGAAACCAUUUCUCCUCAAAGAAAAUUCAGUUGCUGCCUUAUCUGAACCAUCUGCAACCGUUUCUGAUGUUUUACUGAGUAAUUUUGAUAUGCUCUGCAUUCAUGGUUGUCACACAGUAACAGACAGAAUUGUAACUAAAUUUAUAGAUGAUGCAGUUAAAGAAUAUAAGAAGAUUAAAAGAAAACUCAGAUCAAAAGCAGACAAGGUACUUCCUUUAUCUCCAGAGACUUCUCCAACCACUUUGCCUCUCCUUUUAAAAAUCCUUGAUGCUGGUGUUUUUGGAAGCUCUGAAGAUUUUGAUCAGCUUAAUUCUGACGAAAACAUGCUGGUGAGACAGACACAAAAGCAAUACUUGUACAAAUUAGAUCAGUGGCACUCAGCUCCUUGGAAGAAAACUGUGGAAACUCCUCUUAUGAUACCACAUAACAGUUCUUAUGUUAAAAAUUUGUCUGCAUAUGCUGUGGAAGAAUUAUGGACCCCAGAGAACAUAAAUUCAAAUUUCAGGAACAUCAAUGUGCCAAAGUACUUGGAAUAUAAUGAUCUCCCAGGGAAUGAUUUGGAAGCAGAAAGCAAGAGGAUGUAUAAUCAGGUUAUAUUUGAUUUGAGCCGUGAGUUGCUGUGUGCAGAAUAUCAAGUGACUGCCAAGCCAAAUGUGUUCCCAUGGAUGAAAAACAAUGUGGGAUCUCACUGUUCCAGGCAUCUCUGCAGAAGGGCAGAUGUCAGUGAUGUCAAGACGUUUGUUCAGGGUGAAAUAAUUAAAAUUAUGAACCUGGAAAAGAAUGACUUAGAAAUGAAAAGAAAAUUCCUAAAUAUGACCAAGUAUGGAAACUGUAAGAGAGACAGAGUGGACCUUAUUCUGAUCCAUGAGCUCCACAAAGAAGAAUCUCAGUGGACUUCUUAUGGUGAUGAUGAAUUAACAGUGAAGAUGAGGAUGACUGAAGCCAUAUUUGAUAGCUUGAUGCUUGAUACAAUCAGAGUUCUUAAUAAGAUUUAUCAGAAAAAAGCCUGUUGUAAAGGUGACUGUGCACCAUCUUUAUUCUUUUAAUGCACUGUGGAACUGAUUGAAAGGAGCCUGGAGAAGUGGCACAGGGAAUGGCAGGACCUGCAGCCAGACAUUCAGGCUAAAUGUCUAUAAUUUUAUGCAAAUAAGGCAAAUACUGAUGUGAUGCACUUUAAAUUGGAGACUUUUCUACCAGCAGCUUCAAUUCCUAACAAUUAGAUAUGUUCCUGUAAUUGGGUUAUUUAUCAUGCAAUUCACUAGAGCCCAUUGAAUUUUUACAACAUCCCAAUGUGGGGUGCUGAGAAUGUACUUUAAUAAACAAAAGAGAGGAAAUCAAUUCUCCUUUGCUAUUGGCAAAGCUGGAAAAAGCAAGAUUUUGACAAGGAAAUAGAAACAUUUUUCUCAGCAUGGCAAUUGUUCACUAUGUUAAUUGCUGUGGUGCCACUUAUUUUGUAUUGAGAAAAUCAAAUUUUUGUUAGUUCUUUUUAAAAUAAAUACUGUGCAAAUAUUUCUUACUGGAAUUCAGAAACCUUUCAUUAUUGAACAAUUGAUUGUAAAGAGAUCAGAUUUUUUUUCCCAAUCCUAUUCUUUCAGAGUGUUUUUCAAAUAAAACUAAAAUCAGGAUCAAUAAAGAUAAAUUAUAUAUAAACUUAAGAUUUAAAAAUACAAUGCUUAAAAUCUGGUUGGGUGGAAUAGAAAGACAUUUUAUGUUUGUGUUUUUAAAUGCUUUUAGCUUAAUUGUUUUUGUACUUGUUUUCUGAAUAAAAUAUGAUACACAUGGCUUAUUUUGUUUAUUUAUUCUCACUGAAAUUAGUUAAAAUUACAGAUUAUCUUGUACACACUGCUCUUCUCAGCAGUGAAUGGGUGCACUUUUGUUUUGUUUUGCUGGGCAUAUUAAACCCUCCCCUGCUUGUUGCCAUAUGAACAGAAAUAAAAAGGCAACUUCUGCC